AAAACAGUUGCUGGGAAACGCACGUUGAGAAGCUAUUGAAAAUCAUUUUGAUAAAAUUGUGGAUUAUUUCUUUGUGUGUUAUUUACUGUAGUAAUUUGGAAGAUUUGUGUUCAUAUAACUGUAGAUCACCAUGUCUCAGUCCACAAGCGGCACAAGCGGCACAAGCCGAAGCCGACCAUCCACACCUGACUGCGGUUGUACUGAAGACAAGCAAUCGACGCCGCCUCUGCUGUCCCCGCACUGCGAGUGCCCCAGGGAUGAUCUGGACAUCGUGAUCCAUGACGAGCACUGUCUCAUGUAUAAACAUGACACCCUCAUUUAUCCACACGAGCCAGAGGUGUGCGAGUGCGUGACGCCGCAGUUCGAAGACGGCUUGUGCAAGUGCUGCAGCUGCCCUCCGGAGCAAUGCCACUGCAGGAAGGCGGGCAGAGAGGCGGUCGAUGAAUGGCGCAGGAACCGCGACGUGGGCGCCAUGCCAGCUGUGCUGGAGUCCACGCACCCGCUCAUGCAGAAGUUCCAGGCCUCGCUCAAGCAGUUCCUGGAGAAGGAGAACGCUAUCGCUGCCGAGGAGAUUCUGGAGCUGAAAGACAAGCUGCGCCUGAGUAAGUUGGCGUAUGAUCAAGACUUGGAAAACAUCUACAGAAGCGACCACGACACUAAUGCGCAAAGGACCCUGAUAGAAGAGUACGAGGCAACUAUCACCAAGAACAGGGAGCUCAGAAUCGCGGCCGAGAAGCGUGCGCAAGGGUCCGCGGAGAACUACAAGCGAGCUAAGGAGAAGCUGGAACAGAACAUGAUCGCAGAACGAGAAGCGAUGGAAGAAAUGGAGGCACUGACAUCGCUCUGCCGACAGCUGGAAGCGUGGCGCGGGGAGACAGAGUCGGAACUCACAGUCAAACAGCGAAUGUCUGACAAGAUGAGAGCUGAGAAGAAGACGAUGGCCGACGAGAAGAGACAGCUGGACAUGGUGAUCUACGGUCUAAGCAACGAGGUCUGGAAGCUGGAGUCCAAGCUGGAGAUGUUCAAAAAGCAGUUCGAGAUCAAGAACAACGAGAUGGAAAUUAUUAAUGACAGGGUGACAGCAUACUCGACGGAGCUGGAAGACUUGGAGCUGGACAAGCGGCGUCUAGUGGCGCUCUGGAACUCCGUGCUCGUCAACAUCUCGCAGCGGGACAAGGUGUUCGACUCCGUGCGGGACGACUACAACACCCUGAAGGAGAGCUACCGCACACUCCUAAACAAUCUGGAGAUCACGAAGAAGGUCACGAUGGAAGAGAUGGCCAAGAGUUCCGAGCUGGCCAUGAACAAAGACAAGCUGCUGUAUGAUAUCGGCGCCAUUAGCAAGCUCGUGGACGGGGAGGAAGCGAAGCGCCUGGCUUAUGAGACGCAGAUACAUGAACUCACCGAAUCCAUCGAGAUGACCGAGAGGGACCAAGAGCUUAUUACAAUGGAAAACAAAACAAUGCAAAAUAUCCUGACGAGUACAGAGAAAGACUACGCCCACAAGGCGGAGUUGAAACUUAAGCUGGAGACGGAGAUCCUGCAGAAUAUACAGGACUGUCUGCUCAACGACAAGGCCGUGGAAGCCAUGGCCAAAGGCAUCAAGAAGAUGAGAGAGAUUUCCAGGAAACAGGAAAUAGGUCUAGUCGAUAUGGAGAACGCCCACGCCAAGGUGAUGCUGGACAUCGAGGUGUACCGCAGCCUGACCGCGCGCAACCAGAAGGUGCUGGAAGGGGUGGAGGAGAAGGUGCGCGAGCGGGAGAGGGAGAUCGAUCAGCUGGAAGAGAAGUAUAGCCAAAAGACAAUGGUUACAACUAGAAAACAAAGAGAACUGGAUAUCAUCACUAAGAAAUACUUCGCACUGAAGGAGAUCUUUGACAGUAAAUCCCCUCAAGAGCGUCGUAUCGAAGAGCUGGAGAUGCAGAUCAAGGGGCUUCGCGAGCGCACAGAGGGCAUGCAGCACGAGUGGCUGCGGCUGCAGAGCAACGUGGUCAAGCUGUCGCAGCAGCACCAGAAGGUGGUGGCCGACGUCAACCUCAUCAACAAGCAAAUCCAAAUCUGCGAUCAAAAAAGCAUGCGCAUCCAAGCGAACGUCGAGAGCGUGGCCGCGGAGCGCGCAAGCGUAGAUCGCUCGCUGCGUGAGCUGCGCGGGCGACUAGUCGUGUUGGAGCGAGAGAGAAAGGAGGCUGGAGAGAGAGGGGAAGCGUUGAAGCUUGAACACGAUUCACUGGCUAUAGAAUACAAGGCCAAGCUCAAGGAUGCGGAAGCGGAAGUGUUCGACUUGGAGGAGUCAAUAGAGAGCAUGGACAAGGAGAAGAUGAACCUGACGCAGAGCCUCGACCGCGUGCAGAGGGAAGCGCUCAUUUGGCAACGGAAGGGUAUUAUGGCUGUUGAACUGAAGAAAAACAUGCAAAACGCCAAGUCCGCAGCCGGUGAAAUCGGUCAAAUGAGGAUCGAGAUUCACAGGAUGGAAGUCCGACGCGACCAACUUCGCCGCACCGCCGAGAAACUGUCGGAUGACCUGGCGUUGAUGGUCACCCGCCGCGAGACCGCCAUGGAGAAAAGCCGCUCGCAGGCUGCUCUUGAGGCCGCCCACGGGUCCCAUGGGACCACGUCACAGACGCAGUAUCAUCAUAAACUGAGGCUGGCGAGGGCUGAUGUACAACGAGUCACCAAGGAUUUAGCAGACGCGACUGCAAAAAUGAAGAGUCUUCAACGAGAACAAGCGAGGUUGGAGAAAGAGACAAAAGAAACCAGCGCUCUCAACGCGCAGCUCGAGGAGCAAGUUGCCGCGUUGCUGCGCGACUGCCGCGCGGCAGAGCGGGACAAGCAGUGGCUCCUGGAGCGAGUGGUGCGCGCUCAGCGGCUCGGCGCCGAGCUGGGGACGGCAGUGAAACGGCAGUCGCUGCGAGUCAAGAAACCUAAAGCCACCGUACUGGCUGAGUAUAAGCAGGCUACUGAGCUGAAUGAACGAAUCAGGUUCAUAGUAGCCAAGCUCGGCCGCGAAUACCCGCACCUAGAAGAGAGACUGGAGACUAUCUCCAACACGUUGAACAUCUUUGAGCCGAGCGAGAUGCCUCAACUUUGCGACGAGGGAGGGGAUUGUAUCACUAGCGAGCUGGAAGCUAGCGAUGUCGCUGAGAAACCACUGUGCCCUUAACUACACUUAACUAUUAGUAGCAUAGGGUAAAGACUCGCUGAUCAUGUUCGAGCCCAGCGAGAUGCCUCAACUUUGCGACGAGGGAAGGAAUUGCAUCACUAGCGAGCUGGAAGCCAGCGAUGUCGCUGAUAACCACUGUGCCCUUAACUACACUUAACUAUUAGUUACUAGCAUAGGAUAAAGACUCGCUGAUCAUCCUCGAGCCCAGCGAGAUGCCUCAAGUUUGCGACGAGGGAGGGGAUUGUAUCACUAGCGAGCUGGAAGCUAGCGAUGUCGCUGAGAAACCACUGUGCCCUUAACUACACUUAACUAUUAGUAACAUAGGAUAAAGACUCGCUGAUCAUCUUGAAGCCCAGCGUGAUGCCUCAAAUUUGCGACGAGGGAGGGGAUUGUAUCACUAGCGAGCUGGAAGCUAGCGAUGUCGCUGAGAAACCACUGUGCCCUUAACUACACUUAACUAUUAGUAACAUAGGAUAAAGACUCGCUGAUCAUCUUGAAGCCCAGCGUGAUGCCUCAAAUUUGCGACGAGGGAGGGGAUUGUAUCACUAGCGAGCUGGAAGCUAGCGAUGUCGCUGAGAAACCACUGUGCCCUUAACUACACUUAACUAUUAGUAACAUAGGAUAAAGACUCGCUGAUCAUCUUGAAGCCCAGCGUGAUGCCUCAAAUUUGCGACGAGGGAGGGGAUUGCAUCACUAGCGAGCUAGAAGCCAGCGAUGUCGCUGAUAACCACUGUGCCCUUAACUACACUUAACUAUUAAUAGCAUAGGAUAAAGACUCGCUGAACAUCUUUUGAUCGUGAUUUUUUAUGCUCAAUAUUUAUGAUACAUUUAGUUGUUAUGUGUGAGUACUUAGUGUUUUUGAUUUUGACUUCAAAUAAAUAUUGUAGUAUUUUGGAA